GGUUUGUCAUCUCUAUUUGUUUCAUAUUGUAAUUAAUUAAAAGUUGCAAUUGCAUCCAAAAAUAUAGUAAAAUCAUGGCACUGGCCUUUAAAAAGGCUCACGGGUCCUUAGUUGAGACCAUCGAUGGAGCGCCGCCACUCAAGAAACUACGCCUUCAAACACUGACCGCCAAAGCAAAGCCAGUGGAGAGGAAACUGCAGGUGUUGGCACAGCUCGAUCCCUAUUUGGGAGCAGCCACUGCAGUGGCAGGCGCCGGUGCAGUUGGCGGAGCAACGAAAACACCGGCAGCUGUGCCCCUAGCAGUACCCCUGCCAAUGAGUAAUGCAGGGACGACAGCAACAAGUGGCUCUGCCCCCACCGCUGCCAUUGGCCCAAGCAGUACCAAGGAGCUGCUGGAAGUGCUCGUCAAGAUCACGGAUGAGAUCUGCUACGAAGAUGUGGAUAUGGUCGAACUGAAGGAGGCCUCCGCAAAGAUAUACCAAUUGUUCCAGCUGCAGGACCGGGAGAGCGACACUUCAGUGCGAGUGAAGUUGCUGGAGCUGCUCUCCGGCCUCGGCUGCGAGUGCACCACAGAGGCGGGCGUGAUACUCAUCAUAGACCACCUGAUCUACUUGCUGCGCAAGGAGACCUCGCAGAAGGUGCUGGCACAGGGAAUGAUGUGCCUCUACCGGAUCGGUGAUCGCAGGCGACAUCUUGUCCCGAUGGCCUACAACACACAGGUGGCUCAUCUGGCCAAGGAGGCGCUGCGCUCCGGCUCCACGCAUACGCAGAAGAACGCGAUGCUGGUGAUUGGCCGAUUCGCAACGCGAAUGGAGGGCGAACGGCACUACGCGUGGAAAUUGGCCUUCUACAUCGACUCGCAGGAUUCGGGGGUGCGGGCGCAGGCUCUGCAUGCUCUGCUGACGCUCGGCGAGCGGGGAUCCAAUCUGCCAGCGGUGCUCUACAAGCGGGCCGUGGAUGCCAUGAAGGACGACUACGAGUGCGUGCGCAAGGAGGCCUUGAGACUGGUGUACAUGCUGGGCAACAGUCAUCCGGACUUCAUUAUUGCCUCGGAGCGCCAGCAGGAGGACAUCCGAAUGAUCGAUGCCGCGUUCAGCAAGGUGUGCGAGUCCCUCUGUGAUCUCUCGCUGCAGAUUCGAGUGCUGGCCGCCGAGCUGUUGGGUGGCAUGACCCACGUCAGUCGAGAGUUCCUCCAUCAGACGCUCGACAAGAAACUGAUGAGCAAUCUGCGCAGAAAGCGCACGGCCCACGAGCGUGGGGCGCGUCUGGUGGCUAGCGGCGAGUGGUCGUCGGGCAAGCGAUGGGCGGACGACGCUCCCCAAGAGCACCUGGAUGCCAGGAGCAUAUCGAUAAUCGCCAGUGGGGCCUGCGGAGCCCUCAUUCACGGCCUGGAGGAUGAGUUUCUGGAGGUGAGGACGGCUGCUGUCACCUCCAUGUGCAAGCUGGCGCUUUCGCGGUCGGACUUUGCUCUCACCAGUCUGGACUUUCUGGUGGACAUGUUCAACGACGAGAUCGAGGAUGUCCGGCUGAAGGCCAUCUACAGUCUGACGGCCAUCGCUCGCCACAUAGUGCUGCGGGAGGAUCAGCUGGAGACCAUGCUGAGCUCGCUCGAAGACUACUCGGUGGACGUGCGGGAGGGCCUGCAUCUGAUGCUGGGCGCCUGCCGCGUCUCCACACAAACCUGCCUGCUGAUGGUGGUCCAGAAGCUGCUCGAUGUGCUGGCCAAGUAUCCGCAGGAUCGGCAUUCCACCUACGCCUGCAUGCGUAAGAUUGGACAGAAGCAUCCGCACCUCGUCAUGGCUGUGGCCGUUCACCUGCUGUACGUGCAUCCGUUCUUCGAGACCCCCGAGCGAGACGUGGAGGAUCCCACCUACCUGUGCGUGCUCAUUCUCGUCUUCAAUGCCGCCGAGCAUCUGAUGCCCAUCAUCAGCCUUCUGCCAACGGCCACCCACCGCCACUAUGCGUACUUGAGGGACAGCAUGCCGCGACUGGUCCCCCAGCUGCCCAUAGAGGGCGCAUCAUCCUCGUGCACAAAUCAUCGGAUCGACGAUGCCGUCAAGAAGGCGGGCAGCUCCGCUGGAUACCUGAAAAUGAUUCUCAGCCACAUCGACGAGAUCGUCACCAUGUCCGACGGUCGCGUGGAGCUGCUCAAAACCGCCCAGUCCAAUCUCCAGCGCCUUGGGGACAUCGACUCGGGCCUAUAUGGGACGUCAAACUUUCUGGAGACUUUCCUGUCCGCUCAGAUACAAAUUGAGCAGAUGCAGCGCUGCGCAAAGGCGCACAGAAGUCGUGUCCCUCUGAAGGAAUCGCUGGCCGCCCUGAUCACCAAGUGUCUCAAGCUGCAGCACACGUUUUCGGGGCUCAGCUACUGGGACAUUCUGCAGGUGAAGCAGCUGCGGCUGCGUGCCAGCGCCCUGCAUCUGGUCCUGGUGGUGAAGGAUCGCUCCCAGAGCGCCCUGGGUCCCUGUCAGAUGCUGCUCCAGACGGCUGGCGACAUCAGUGAGUACAUAAAGGCCAACACGAAGGAUGAGGAGCAGCAGCUGCCGAUCCCAAGCAUUGGCACUACCGGUGAGGAGGAGGAGAAGUCCAUUAAAGCAUCGACCAACAACGCCCAACCGGAUAGCUUCACACGCCAGCUGCUGUCCAAACUGGACGCGAUCACGGACCCAAGGCCCGGUCGAGUCUUCCGCGAGAUUCUACCCCUGGUGCAGAAUGCCCCGCCCUUGGCACUGCCGCCCGCCAAUGAGAAGAUCCGUCGCUGUAUGGCCAGCAUAAUCGAGCCGUGCCCGCUGCAGUCGCAGGACAAUGUGAUCAAGGUGACUGCUGGGCUGAUUGCUGCCGUUCCGUUUGUGGCAGAGAUUGACAAUCUGCAGGAGUCGCAGAAGGCUGACAUGCGCAUCAAGAUCAAGUACCCCGACCAGCACAUGCACACAGUGGUGCCCAAAAUGACGGAUUUCAAGCCCAUCAUGACAGAGCAAGGGGAGCACGAAACGAAUGUGCGGCUAAGAACGACGAUUCUGCUGUCCCACAGUGUCUGGACGGAGGCAUCCCUCGUGGAGAUUCAGCUCUGCCUGGCUGUGCGCCCCGGAAGCGAGCUGGAGCUCUGCAAGCCGGCGAAGGUCUUGUUUGCUCCCAAGCCGGUGCGGCGAGGAAUUUAGCGGGAAAAGAGCGAUUAUGCUAAAGAAUCUGUAAAAUCAAGAAGGAGGCAGCACAGGAAGCAGACAGCGAGCGGACAAAGCGACGAAGCUGCUCAUGUAUAAGCUAGUUGUUAGAGACGUAACAUUGUAAAAUAUCUAAUAUCCAAUUCAAUAAAAUAAUAUUUUUUCGCUAUCCGUG